AUGCAGGCACUCUACAAAGUCAAGUCUUGCUCCACAGAUCCUCCUGUAGAACAGCUCACAGGAAAACUCCGGCAGUACUUCAUUGAGGCCAGUGAAAUUCAAUGGGACUAUGGUCCACUGGGUCAUGAUGGGAGGACUGGAAAGAGUUUGAGGGAACCAGGAAGUGGAUCAGAUAAGUUCUUCCAGAAGAGCUCUAGUCGAAUUGGAGGCACUUACUGGAAAGUUCGAUAUGAAGCGUUCCAAGAUGAAACAUUCCAGGAGAAGGUGAAUCUGGAAGAAGAAAAGCAUCUUGGAAUCCUGGGGCCAGUGAUCCGGGCUGAAGUGGGUGACAUCAUCCAGGUAGUCUUCUACAACCGUGCCUCUCAGCCUUUCAGCAUUCAGCCCCAUGGAGUCUUUUAUGAGAAAGACUACGAGGGAACUGUGUACAAUGAUGGCCUAUCCCACUCUGGGCUGGUGGCCAAGCCCUUUGAGAAAGUAACAUAUCGUUGGACAGUACCCCCCCAUGCAGGCCCCAGUGCUCAGGAUCCUGCCUGUAUGGCUUGGAUAUACUUCUCUGCUGCGGAUCCCAUCAGAGACACAAAUUCUGGACUAGUGGGCCCCCUGCUGGUAUGCAAGACUGGUGCCUUGGCUGCAGAUGGCAAGCAGAAAGGGAUAGAUAAGGAAUUCUUUCUACUCUUCACUGUAUUGGAUGAGAACAAGAGCUGGUACAGUAAUAUCAAUCAAGCAGCUGCUAUGUUGGAUUCCCGACUGCUCUCAGAGGAUGUCAACGGAUUCCAAGAUUCCAAUCGGAUGCAUGCCAUUAAUGGGUUUCUGUUCUCUAACCUGCCCAGGCUGGACAUGUGCCAGGGUGACAUGGUGGCCUGGCAUCUGCUCGGCCUGGGCACUGAGACUGAUGUGCAUGGGGUCAUAUUCCAGGGCAACACCGUGCAGCUUCAGGGCAUGAGGAAGGGUGCAGCCAUGCUCUUUCCUCACACAUUUCUCAUGGCCACCAUGCAGCCUGACAACACCGGGACAUUUGAGAUUUAUUGCCAGGCAGGCAACCAUCGGGAAGCAGGAAUGAGUGCGAUCUACAAUGUGUCCCAGUGUCCUGGCCAUGAAGCUAUCCCUCACCAGCGUUACCAGGCUGCAAGAAUAUAUUACAUCAUGGCAGAGGAAGUAGAAUGGGACUAUUGCCCUGACAGAAGCUGGGAACUGGAAUGGCACAAUCAGUCUGAGAAGGAGAGUUAUGGUCACAUCUUCCUGAGCAACACAGAUGGGCUGCUAGGUUCCAGAUACAAGAAAGCUGUAUUCAGGGAAUACACUGAUGGUACCUUCAGGAUCCCUAGGCCAAGGACUGAACCAGAAGAGCACUUGGGAAUUUUGGGUCCACUGGUCAGAGGAGAGGUUGGUGACAUCCUGACUGUGGUGUUCAAGAAUAAUGCCAGCCGCCCUUACUCUGUGCAUGCCCAUGGAGUUCUAGAAUCUAGUAACAGCCAGCCACUGGCUGCUGAACCUGGUGAGGUGAUCACUUACCAAUGGAACAUACCAGAGAGAUCUGGCCCUGGACCCAAUGACUCUGCAUGUGUCUCCUGGAUCUAUUAUUCUGCAGUGGAUCCCAUCAAGGACAUGUAUAGUGGCCUGGUGGGACCCUUGGCCAUCUGCCGAAGGGGCAUCCUGGGGCCCAAUGGAAGACGGAGUGAUGUGGACCGAGAGUUUGCCUUGUUGUUCUUGAUCUUUGAUGAGAACCAGUCAUGGUAUCUGGAGGAGAAUGUGGCAACUCAUGGGCCUCAAGAGCCAGGUCAUGUCAACCUACAGGAUGAGACUUUCUUGGAGAGCAAUAAAAUGCAUGCCAUCAAUGGUAAGCUCUAUGCCAACCUCAGAGGUCUUACCAUGUACCAAGGAGAACAAGUGGCCUGGUACAUGCUGGCCAUGGGCCAAGAUAUUGACCUACACACAGUCCACUUCCAUGCAGAGAGCUUCCUCUAUCAGGAGACAGCUUCAUCUGCUGAUAGUGAAAGUACCAAUCAGCAUACCAGGCAAAAUGCAGGUAGAUCACUGUUACUGGUGUUUAAGGGGAUGUUUGUAACACUACUGAAUAAACCCUUAAGCACUGUUACCACCAUCACCAAAGGGAUUGGAAAAGCAGCCAUUCCCAGAGACACUGGAGAAGGCAACGUGAAGAUGCUAGGCGUGCAGAUACCCAUGGAAGAUGUCGAGAUGCUUGCCUCUGUCUUGAUUGCUACGGGUAUCAUCCUCCUGCUCAUUGCUCUGGUUCUUGGUGGAGUGGUCUGGUAUCAACAUCGGCAGAGAAAGCUACGGCGCAACAGGCGGUCCAUCCUGGAUGACAGCUUCAAGCUUCUGUCCCUCAAGCAGUAA